CUUCAAUAACCUCCAGGAAAGCUCUGAGGUUAGGGAGAGUAGCGCAGCCAAAGAAGACAUGAGGAGUCUGCUGGCACUGCUGAUCGUGACUCUGGCCCUGGCAGCACUCUGCUGUUGUGAGAAAGAUCCCAAAGAAUCCUCCGCAUCUCUCAGCGCUGACAGCAUCAAGAUUAAAAAAGAAGUUGCCAAUGCCUUUGUGAAGAGGAAGAAGAGAUCCAGCCCUUACGAAUGGUACUUCGAGUAUUAUAAAAGUCCAAUGGAGCAGAUGCAUGAGCGCUGUGAAAACUACCCGCCCUGUGACUAUCUCUCUGACCAAGUGGGAUUUGCCUUGGCCUACAACCGCUUCUUUGGGAGAUACUGAGGAUGGGAAGGUCUCUCCAUUCGUUUGGCUUGGAGCACUCCGAACCCCACAGGAGAAGGAAGGUUGUGGUUGGGAAGGAAGGAAGGAAAGCACCUGGACCAACAUCUUCUUCUGUAGUCUCCCUAAGCAGCUGGAACACCAAGGCAGGGAUUAUCCCACUUGUUGAGUUUACAUUAACUUUCUUCCUUUCAUCAAUGAAGUCUCUAUUCAGACAUCUUUUGUGGUAUUUUGAGCUUCACCAGGAGACUCUGUCUUGCUUCCUUCCACCUGAAUCCCCCACACACAAUAGGUGAAAAAUGGUGAUUACUUUCAAGAUAACCACUGCAUGCCUUAGAAACAUCACUAGAUCUCCUACCCUCUUCUGCAAAAUACAGGAAGAUUAUGGAAGAAGAAUGUCACAAUGUGAUGGAUCUGAUCCUGGAAUGCUCACUAUGAAGAAGGAAGAACACCUGUUCCAAUUAGUGGGAAAGUUCAGUAUUUUUAUGUAGUAUAGUCACAUUAAAUAUGCAUUGCAGUAGGAUAAUUUUAUAAAGUUAGAAGUGUGCAAAUACUCUUGCAUAGAUAGCAAUCAGCUUCUGGUACACUCUUCUGAUUACUCUGUCAUAAACUUUGCCUGUAUAGUAAUAAUAAAUAAAUCCCAAACGGUGUGUUUAAGGAGUCCUUUUAGAUGAGCCCUUGCAUUUGUGUGUUGCUUUUCAUGACUGUAAAAAAUGGCCUUGAAUUCUCUUGGUUUUUGGUUUUGGUUUUUUUUUUUUCCAACCAGUUUCUAGUGAAACUAAAAAUACCCAACAGAACAGAAAAAAAAAAUAACCUCUUUUCCUCUGUUGCUUUUGCAUUUAUGCUGAAAAUGGAAAGUAUCUAAACAGCUAAAAAAGUAUAAAAAAAGAAAAGAAAGCUAUAAGCAUUAUGAAAUUUAAAAAAAUUAGUUCAAGGAGGGAUUGAAAUUGGGGCAGUUUUUUGUUUAUUCAAGACAACUGUUAGCUGAAUAUAUAUAUUAUAUAUAUAAUAUACUACUAAUAUACUCUGUCAGCUUUCCUUCCCUGGCAGGUGGAUGGCAGAUCACACCUCCAAGGACAGGGACUGCUGAUGCUCAGGAAACUUGCAGAGACCAAAUCUCUCUGGUUACAUGUAAGCUGGUGCAACCAUCCCCAACUGCUAAUUG